GCAAAGAAGCAAGGGGGGCGGCAGGUGGCAGCGACGAGUACGGGUCAUACGGGGAGUGCCUCGUGGGGGAGUGCAAGCACCACGUGGACACGAACUGCCAGCUCUUCCCAGACAUCUUCACCCUCGUCGGCCAGACCGGGGUGGCGAUGAUGAUCUUCGAGAGCGGCAUGCACUUCGACUUUAGCAUGGUGGCCAAGGCGGUGGUACCCCUCAUUCACUUCGAGGGCAUCAGGUGCUCGAGCCAGCUGGUGGCGCUCAUGGAGUGGAUGGCGGAGCAGGGGUUCGGCGACAUGUUUCCUAAUCUCAGGAUCGAAGCUCGCUGCGCGAAGGGGAUCCUUGCGCCCGAAUGGGAACUGUGCAUGAUGAUGGGUCCAUUCGCACACAGUCCUUGGCUGAGCACAGACAAACGCAACAGCCUCACGGAGAAGACGCUGCUCGAACAGACAGCGGCAGCGGAGAAGACAGAGGCGGUGCCCACGGACCCAGCGAUUGUGCCCGAGCAGAUCACCAUACAGGAGCUGCCGGUCAUCAUGCUGAAGACGGCGAUUCACAUCGGAGGAAAGCGUCAGGCGCAGACCAUGUUGCGCAAGCGCCAGUGGAAAGAGGAACACCGAGCGGGCCAGCCAGUCAUUCUGAAAGCACACAGAGCAUAG